GGGCUCCACACAAACACCUCGGAUCGGCACGAAACUUGGCGGGAACUUCGAUCAAGUUGUGUAAUACACCGGGUGAUGUCGGAGGAAUGCUGCAGCGCGUGCCAGCAACCAACGGCAAGAGUUGACUUUCGCUGUAUGAGAGAAAGGACCGGAGGUAAUGUCCGGGCUUUCCUGGAGGCAGCCGGCAUGGGAGACAAGUUCCCCGGCUUGAAGUGCGGCGAUCCAAGCAUAGGCAAGCUCGUCCUAUGUAAACGUGCGGGUUGCCUGUUGGAGCUGUUCGUACUGAACCAGCAAAGGGAGAGCAGGGCGCCUACCGAACGCCGAGCAAAGCGAGGGCCGAAGUGGACGUGCGCUCCUGAACCUGUCAAGCAGCUGAAGCGCCGGUGUUUUGAUCGCUACUGCACUUCGCCCGCGGCGUUGGAGGCUUUGCUGGGUGUUGUUAGCAUUAGCGGUUGUGUGCUGGACAUGUGCGGGGGGACGGAUGAUGCUGUAGCGAUUCGCCUUCGAGACACGUGCCAAGUACUCACGAACGAUGUGCGACCGAGGCGCAUGAUCAACGCUGUUUGCCUCUUGGUGUGGACGACGCCGUUGUACAUGUGCCUGUCAACGUCGAGCCGGCUAGGCGAAUUGACAGCAGUAGUAUCAAUCUUUUUUGAAGGAUGCUGAGUUGCAUUCAACGGACCUAGUUGUGCAAUCUGCUCCAAGCUUACGGUUCCUUGUUUCGUGCAGGUCCACGUCGUAGAUAGGCUCGCACCAGCGGACCUGCCGUAAAUGAGUCCGCUCUUUGUUUGCAUGUACCCUUUUUUAUCGUUGAAGUUUCGCAGAUAGGUUACAUGUGGAAACGAAAUGCCGCAAACCGAGUUUUUGCCAGGCACAGAUGUUGCUUGCGGUGCACGCAUAUGGAGCAACCCAAGCUUGACUGUAUCCGAUUGAGGCCAAAGCAUGUGGGGGGAAUUCGUAGUCUACGGGUGACCGACAGUGACGGCGGCCUUUUUUUUUUCUUUGGUGUGGUCCAAACGCCUUGGUGUUGUUCUAACCUUCCAGAGCAAGUUUUAUUCCUAGGA